GUCUGGUUUGAUGUCCACUCUUAUGUUGAAAGGUUCACUCUCACUACUAAGACUUUUGAAACAGUCGCGCGUGUCUGCGAACGAGUGGUCCAAGUGGCAUUCAAGUGAGUUGGCAAUAGAAAAUUUUGAUCUUCCAAAAGCGGAAAUUAGCAUGAAAUGUAUGUAUAUGUGAAUUGCUUCAUCUACCUUGCAAUUACAAAGGGCCCUCUCCUUGUUACAAACACCAUCUUACUCUUGCCCAAAUGCCAAGCAAAAUCUUUCUCAACCUUCCAACAUUGUUGCUUCCAUUAAUUCAUUUACUCUCCAGCACUAACAGAACCAAUCCAUGAACAAUCAAAUGAAUGUCCACUGCACCAGCCACCCUCAAAUUUCAUCUCCCGGCCACCCGAACAACAAUUCAAACGAACCUAACACAGCUCCCUUACUUCUCCAAUCCUCAGAUGAACUCUGCAGCUUCAAAGUCAGCCUAAAAUGGUGGGCACUUGACCACUCCUCAUGCUUCGGAAAAUUCCUGUCUUACUUCACCUUCAUCUUCUUAACAGCCCUAGUCCCAAUCCUCACCUCCCUCUCUCUCAAACUCCCAUCUGGGGACCCCAUCUCAUUCAACAAGCUAGUCCAACUUCCCGAGUCCAGCUUAGCCGCCAUUGGGUUCAUUACUCUUUCUGGCUUCUUCCGAAAAUAUGGACUGAGGCAACUCCUCUUCCUCGACGGUCUUACAGAAGACUCUGGCUUUGUUCGUCGCGGAUACACUCGUGAGCUCGAUAAGGCCUUCAAGUACCUAGCUUGCAUACUACUGCCGUCCUUUUUCAUUGAGCUUGCCCACAAGAUCAUAUUCUUCUCCACUGUCCAUAUCUCACUGCCUCAUAUAAGCUCAAGCGUCCCAGUCAACUCAAUUAUGCUUGUUUUGGUUUUGGCUUCUUGGGUUUAUAGGACUGGGGUGUUCUUGCUGGUUUGUGUUAUGUUCCGGUUGACUUGCGAGCUACAAAUACUUCGAUUCAAAAGGCUUUGCAAGUUGUUUGAGGGGCGUGAAUACGAAUCCAGUAUCAUAUUCCAGGAACAUGUAAGGAUAAGAAAGCAAUUGAAGGUCACGAGCCACAGGUACCGCUUCUUUAUCAUCGGAUGCAUGUUUAUCAUCACGGUGAGUCAAUUCGGGGCCUUGUUGCUCGUUUUGGCAUCCAAGACGGAGAAGACUUUCCUCAACUCUGGUGAUCUUGUGGUUUGUUCUGCAGUCGAGCUUAGUGGCUUGUUUUGUUGCCUAAUGGAGGCAGCAAGAAUUACUCAUAGAGCUCAAGGAGUUGUAGCAAUUGCAACAAGAUGGCACAUGCUCUUGACUUGUCCGUCUGCCGGAUCAGACCAGCAGUGGAAAAGCCAGCAGAUUAGCUCAGAGGCAAAUGGACGCUGUGGAGAGAGUGACUCUGAACAUUCAUCAGACAUUUCCACUUCAGUUCCUCCGCAGAAGCCUUCCUCAUUUCAAACCAGGCAAGCUCUGGUGGCGUAUUUGAGUCACAACAACGGAGGGAUCACGCUGUAUGGGUUUGCGCUUGAUCGGGGGUUGCUUCACACACUAUUUGCAUUUGAGUUCUCUCUGGUGCUGUGGGUGCUCAGCAAAGUGGUUGUUUUGUCUUAAGAACAACUUGGAGGUUUGCCGAAUGAAGCUUCCAACACCAACAUGUCAACGUUAACAAUGCUGGAGGUGGAAGAGCAGUGCCAAUCAGAUGAGCUCAAAGACAGACAGGACGAUUAUAUUGAAAUCUUCAAAAUUUUCCUCAUGAAAUGGGACAAAUACUAGUUAAUUGAACAUUAAUAUAUACAUGAGGGUUGUCGAUAUCGAAAACACACAGGAGGAAGAUGUAGAGAGAAGCAUUGGUGAGGCAAAAAAUCAAAUGCUACAACCAAACGUAUCCGAGUACAUAUAUACAUGUUCAUGAACUCGGCUGAGCCAACAAUGAACUUACUACUCAUCCUCCAAAAAAUAAACGAGCAACUAGCUAACAGCAAAAGCUAUAAUACAAGGACUAAAAAACGUUUUUUCCAUGUAGUUUACACAAAGUUUCUCUUACGGGACUUCGUCCCUGUAGUUUCAUGUAAUUUGCCAAUUGUUCCAGGUAGAGGACAUCUGUCACUUAGGUUGAUUUCUUGUACGAAAUCCAUCAGGCUAACCCUUUCAUGUACCAUGUACGUGACAAUUUGUUAACAGAAGUUGACAGAGCUCCUUAGAGUUGCAACAAUUGGCAUACAAUAGAUACCAAAUUUGAUGCAUUAUAUAUAGAAAAUUGUACCCGAAAGUCAAACCUUCUGAAAAGUUGAGUUUAGUAGCACUAUUUUAUGUAAACUUUUGACUUUUUUUUUUUUUUUUUAACUAUAAUAUACCCAUAUUUAUUAUAAAAUGUAUCAUAGUUUUAAAAUGUACCAUAUCAGACUUUCACAGCAUAUGAGUGAAAAAUCAUUACUUGAUAGUAAUCUUUGCCCAACUUUAGGGUGAAUUACUAGUUAUUGUAGA